AUGGGUUGGUCCAAGACAACGCGCAUCAGCGUUAUGAUCGCCAUCGACACCGUCUUCUUCCUGGUAGAGUUGAUAUCUGGAUUCCUGGUUGGCUCCCUGGCCCUGCAGGCAGAUGCCUUCCAUAUGCUGAACGACAUCAUCUCCCUUGCAGUCGGUUUGUGGGCAGUGAAGCUGGCUCGCAAGGACACCACAGACAAGUAUUCCUACGGCUGGCUUCGAGCUGAGAUUCUCGGGGCAUUCUUCAAUGCUGUCUUUCUGAUUGCUCUUUGCGUUUCUAUCAUCCUCGAGGCUAUCACUCGCUUCAUCGAGCCACCCGAAAUCACAAACCCGGAGCUGAUCCUUAUUGUCGGUUCCUUCGGUCUGGCUUCAAAUCUGGUCGGAUUCUGGGUCUUGGGAGGGCAUGGCCAUUCGCAUGGCCCAGGAGACGGUCAUGCACACGACGAGCACGAUCACGAUCACGAUCACGAGCAUGCACACGGCGACGAGAUUACAGCCGCCGAGGAAGGCAGGAGCUCGACCAGCAACCCCGCUGAUGAGGAGGCAAGGAUAGCAGACUUGCUGCCCGAGGCCGUUGUGGCGCAAUACCAGAAUGCACCGGACACCGAGUCAAACCGCCACAUCUCGUUCGUGUCGACGGACAACACGCGCAACGCUUCGCGAUCCGAUAGCCGGGCCUCGGCGCGCUCUGUAGGCCGUCAGAGACGCCGCGCUAACAGCCAACGGAAGAAGCUCACCAGCAUCGAUGAUAUGAGCAUCCAUCCCGCCAGCUUCCGCAAUGAUAUCAUCGCUGUGAGCCGACCUCAGGAGUUUGACGAGGAGACCAGCGCUGAAGACAGCCUGGACGAGACUGCUGUCGCCGAUGAUGUCGGCGAGCACACGCCGCUUCUGAAGGGAGAUGAGACCAGCAAUGGUCUUGUCGCCGGCCACGAGGGUCAGGGUCACUCCGGUCAAAGCCACAGCCACAGCCGGCAUCGCUCUGUCUCGCGACGAGCCCGACGGGGUUCCACGACGCAUAACCGACACCAUCACAACGACCCCCAGAAGGCAGCCAAGGGUCACGGUCAUAGCCAUGGUGAUAUGGGCAUGAACGCUAUGGUCCUCCACGUCAUUGGCGAUGCCCUCGGCAACAUCGGUGUUAUCAUUACAGCUUUGGUCAUCUGGAAGACCGACAUCCCUGGAAAGUUCUACACCGACCCGCUUGUCUCCCUGUUCAUCACUCUCAUCAUCCUCAAAUCUGCCCUGCCCCUGACCAAGGCAACAAGCAAGAUUCUGCUCCAGGCAACUCCUGACCAUAUCGACGUGAACCAUAUCAAGGAAGACAUCCAGGAUCUCGAAGGAGUCGUUAGCUGCCAUCAUGUCCACAUCUGGCAGCUCUCCGACACCAAGAUUGUCGCUUCUUUGCACAUCCAGGUCGCCUUCCCCAUCUCGGCUGAGAACGGCGAGCGCUACAUGGACUUGGCCAAGCGCGCACGUAAGUGUCUGCACGCCUAUGGCAUCCACAGUGCCACCAUCCAGCCCGAGUUCUGUCUCGACCGCGCGCACGACCAUCAGGAGGACGCAGUGGUGCACAGCAACAUGGACGGCACCUUCGGGCCCUCGUCUGAGUGCGGCGCGAGCUGCCUGCUCGAGUGCGUCGAUGACUGCGCCGCCCAGAAGUGCUGCUCCCCCAACGGAUCUCCACGGCCCACGAGCAGCCACUCCACGCAGAGCGCUGGCCAUGAAGGCCACGGCCAUGGACAUGACCACAGCCACUAG